UCUGCUUCCUCUGCAACCAUGUCUGACAAACAUGAUAUGGCUGAGAUUGAGAAAUUUGAUACGUAUAAACUAAAGAAGACAAAGAUGCAAGAAAAAAAUCCACUGCCGUCCUAGGAAACGAUUGAACAGGAGGAGCAAGCAGGCGAAUCGUAAUGAGGCCUGAGCUGCCAAUAUGGGCUGUAUAUUCCACACGCAUUCCCUUCUUAUUUUACUUGUUUGAGCUGUUUAACUUUGUAAGCUGGAAGGAGGUUAGAUCGAGUUUAAAUGACUUCUGCCCCUUUUCUCAUCAAAGAAUCUGAACUACU